CCGGGGUGUCCCUCGCGAAGAUCCCACCUUCAUGGUCAGUUCUUUAACAAACCAGUCAGUCGGCCACCGGCAACCGCGCAAAUUCUACAUAAUAAUAUUGCCUCGUUAUCACUUUUGCGAGAACUCAGACUUUAUUUUUUGGGUGAUUUUUCAAAAUUUUUUUCUUGUGUUGUGAUUUUUUAACACCUGCUGAGUUUCAUUUCUGAGAAUGUCGGUCGAAACGUCGGGGGACGUGUCCCUCAUUAACGAUGAAGAUCUCCUCCGCAAAAUGUGGCAAGAUACCGAAGACUUUGGUCGCAAGAAAGAAAUACGUGCCCACAUGUACAAGCUAAGGGAAGCUCGACUUCGUGACUUCUACAAUUCUGGAGAGGUUAGUACUGACAUCCAGAGGACUACUACCACAACAACUGAAGGCAAGUCUUGCUCGGCUUCCACUCAUGCUGAUUCUUUGGCCGAUCAUAGCUUUAUCAGCAUGAAGACCAAAGAAAUCAGGGAUUCCGAAUCGCCCACAAAAGAUGACAUUUAUAGAGUUACCGGUAAGGGACUAGGUAACCAAGGCUGGACUGUCGUUUCAUCAAACAAAAAGAGUGAUGAUGGAAAAACAUUUUCUACGUCUAAAAUUGCAACAACGUCGGGUACUGAUAAAAUAGACGGUGGCCAAAUCGAUUAUGCGGCUAGAAAUGAACAACAAGCGUCGGUAUUUCGAGACGGUGAUGAUAAAAAUUUUACUAAAGCAGUUGGCGCAUCUUCCAAUACUUUUAUCAAACAGGAAGCUAGUGGUGGCGACGAAAAUUCUUCAUUUAAAAGCUCUUCAACAAAAACGUCAUCCUCUUCAAAAUAUGUCACUGAGCAGCGUUCGACUAGUGGUGAUGUUAUUGACAGCCACAGAGUACCAACUGCAGCGAUCACACGAGACCAAAACGAUGAAUAUUUAGUCUCUCGAAAAACUUACACUAGUAAUAUACCAGCUGAAUUGAAAAACCACCCAAACUAUGUUGAAGGUAAAACUAAGGUAACUCGAGAAACAAGAACGUUGCCUGAUGGUUCCACAGUAACCACUACUAGGUACGAAAUACGAGGUGGCAACACAACGCAAUCAACUAAAAGCAACCAAUACAACACUUCUGAGCAAAGAUCAUCUUCUUCUGUUGUUAGAUCAUCCCAAGCUACCGAAUCAAAAAUUAACCAAAAUGAUAGAAGAACUACUCAUUAUAUUACAGAACAACCGUCGAACACGACCACUACAACUGUUACACGUUAUAUAUACGAUUCAGAAGACCAAGGGUUACAACCAGCAACCACCAGCACCAGUAGCAGAACAGUUAAAAGUCAACAGGUAGAUUCCGUAGACAAUGUUUCACGUUCUACAGCUGUUUAUGAUAAAAGUAACAAGUCGCAGGAUGAUUUCCAAACGACAAAAUCCACUAUAAUCAGAAAAGUUUACGACUCUAAACAAGAACCAAUAACUUCUCAAGAUUCAGACGUUAAGACUACGACUACAGUAGUGAGAAAGGUGUAUGAUUCGGAACCAAACGUUACCCAAGACUCGAACGUUACAACAACUACUACAGUAAUAAAGAAAAUCUACGACUCAAAAAAUGAACCAACCAUUACAAGAGAUUCAAAUGUUACUACCAAAACCACAGUUGUGAAAAAUAUUGAGACACCGUAUGUUACAGAUACUUCAAAUACCACCACACUUCGCGUAGCAGUAGACAAAAAUAUCAAAAAUCAAAAGCAGACGGUUGAUGAUUCCAACAUUAUUACAACCAAAACUGUAGUCAGCAAAGAUCAGUAUGAUGUAAAACACCCGGCAGAAACAACCGAUGAUGUAAAAACUAUUAAAACGUGUAAAACUACAGUUACAAGAGAAAUUCGUAACGAUCAAAAUAAUAGAAAUCGCCUCGUGGACCAACAAUCCACGAACGAGGUUAACAAACAUCAAAUUAACGAAAAAUUCAUCACUAUCGAACAACAAGAUACUAAAAACAAAAUGGAACCGAUAACACCGGUUAGAGAAAUACCAAAAACUGCAAGUCCUGAAAAGCAUCCAUCUUCACCACAAAAGCGUGAAAGCCCUGAAAAGGCUCCAAAACCUGAAGAAAAAUAUCAACAACCAGAAAGACGUCAACCUAUCAAACCUGGGAAGUCCGAAAUGGACCAAAAGCCUAAACCAACUGAAGGACAAUAUGAAACAACAUAUAGAACUGAUUUUGUAAACAAAAAAAUCAGUGUUGAGGUGAGUCCUACACAUGAUGCAUUUGCUAGGUCACUACGUGCUGUAAGCCCUGAUAGAGUCAGUAAAUGCUCAUCUCCAAGUCGUAGUUUGAGAACUAGUACCAAUUCUCUGAGAAGUAGUACCAGUCCAGAAAAAAAUCGCCAUCCUUCACGACUAUCACCUGAAAGACGUAGCACUUCACCGAGGAAGGCAACGAGUAAUGAAACAGUUACUCACAAAACUAAAACCAACACAGACACCAUAACUCGAAGAAGUAACACUACGGAAAUCGACAGCAGUACUCUGACUAGACGAAAAAACAGAUACAAAACUCGAUCUAGAAGUCCAUCACCAACCAGUAUUGCCAGUGAUAUUGAAUACAUCAGAAAUACAAACAUAAUAACAGAUUUGGAUACCAACGAAACCACUGUUGUUUCCAAAUCAAGACCCUCUACAUUGGAAAUCACUUCUCGAAGAAAAGUUACGGAAAGAUCACCGACUUCUCCACUCACCGAUCCUUCUCCGAAGAAAACUACUCCCCGAGAUGUAGCUCGUACUAAUAGUUUACGCACCAUUUCACCUACCAAGGAAGUGUCUCCAAAAACUGAUAGACCCCUUAAAAGAACGGAUACUUAUGAAGAAAGGUGUCGUCAAAUUCUAGGAAUUACUAAUGAAUCCGACAAAACGAAAAAAGAUAAAACUGAAACUAGAAGAAUGUCUGGACCAAAACCCUCGCCCGAUAAAGGGAGUCCUAUCAAAGAUCAACCAAGGAGAAAAUCUCCUGAAAAGAAAGUCACUGAACUCUCCUCAGAAGUCAAAAGAUCACCGGAUCAACGACCAAAAUCUCCAGAGAAAAAAAUUCCUUCAAAAAUUAAUGAAAUACCUUCCCAACCUAAAAGGACAACAGACAAAGAGCCUGUGAAACCUUAUUACGAAAAUAAAAAUCCUGUGAAAGAUAAUUCACUCCCUAGAAGGACUAGUCCAAUAAAAGAAACUUCCAAGAUUAGCGAGUUUCCUUCUCAGAUUAGACGCUCGCCUGAAAAAGAACCUUUAGAACCAUAUCCGAAAAAAACUAGCCCUGUGAAGACAAUUCCACAAACAAACGAAUUUCCUUCUCAAAUUAGACGUUCGCCAGAAAAAGAACCCUUAGGACCUUACCCGAAAAAGAGCAGUCCUGAGAAGACAGGUCCAGAAAUAUGCGAAUUUCCUUCUCAAAUUAGACGUUCGCCGAAAAAAGAACCAUUGGAGCCAUAUCCAAAAAAGGCUAGUCCUGAAAAAACAGGUCCUCAAACAAACGAAUUUCCUUCUCAAAUUAGACGUUCGCCGGAAAAAGAACCAUUAGAGCCAUAUCCGAAAAAGAGCAGUCCUGAGAAGACAGGUCCAGAAAUAUGCGAAUUUCCUUCUCAAAUUAGACGUUCGCCGGAAAAGGAACCAUUAGAGCCAUAUCCGAAGAAGAGCAGUCCUGAGAAGAAAGGUCCAGAAAUAAGCGAAUUUCCUUCUCAAAUUAAACGUACACCGGAAAAAGAACCAGUGGAACCAUAUUUGAGAAACAGCAGUCCUGAAAAGACAGGUCCACAAGUAUCUGAAUUUCCUUCUCAAAUUAGACGUUCUCCAGAAAAAGAACCGCUGGAGCCGUAUCCUAAAAAAAGUAGUCCCGUAAAAUCUACUCCACAAAUAUCUGAGUGUCCACCACAGGUCAGGAAAUCACCCGAAAAAGAACCUAGAGGAUAUUAUCCUGAGGAAAAUGAACCUGAUAUAGAUCGUUACACGAUUAAUGAAUUUCCUUCUCAAAUCAAAACUUCACCCGAAAAAGAACCAUCAGAAAUGUAUCCUGAAAAAACUAAACCUAGCAGACUUGGUUCGCGAAUACCUGAAUUUUCUCCUCAAACCAGAAGAACACCCGAACAAGAAUCUUUAGAAAGGUUACCAGAAAAAAGUAUACCUGCAAAAUCUGGUCCACAAGUUUCUGAAUUUCCUUCUCAAAUUAAACGUUCACCCGAAAAAGAGCCAUUGGAGCCGUAUCUUGAAAAAAGUAAACCUGUAAAAUCUGGUCCACAAGUAGCUGAAUUUCCUUCUCAAAUUAAACGUUCACCCGAAAAAGAACCAUUGGAACCGUAUCCUGAAAAAAGUAAACCUGUAAAAUCUGCUCCACAAAUAGCUGAAUUUCCUUCUCAGAUUAGGAAAACACCUCAACACGAACCUCUAGAAAGUUUUCCUGAACAACGAAAACCUACAAAAUCUGCUCCACAAGUUUCCGAAUUUCCUUCUCAAAUUAAACGUUCACCCGAAAAAGAGCCAUUGGAACCGUAUCCUGAAAAAAGUAAACCCGUAAAAUCUGCUCCACAAGUAGCUGAAUUUCCUUCCCAAAUUAAACGUUCACCCGAAAAAGAACCAUUGGAACCGUACCCUGAAAAAAGUAAACCUACAAAAUCUGCCCCACAAACUUCGGAAUUUCCUUCUCAGAUUAAACGUUCACCGGAAAAAGAACCACUGGAACCAUAUCCUGAAAAAGUUAAACCUGUAAAGUCUGGUCCACAAAUUUCUGAAUUUCCUUCUCAAAUUAAACGUAUACCAGAAAAGCAGACAUUAGAACCAUAUCAGGAAAAAGAUAAACCUACACGCUCAAGUCCGCAGUUGGCAGAAUUUCCAUCACAAAUCAGGAAGUCAUCGGACAGAAAACCACUAGAUGCAGAUAAUGACAGAAUGCCCUACACACACGAACCUCCUUGUACAUUACCUACUCCUGAAAAAGAACUUUUAGAACGACAACCUCAAACAGACUCUCCAGAUCAAGAAAUCUAUGAAAUACCGAGUCCAACAACAUCAUACAGAAAACCAUCUAAUCAGCAACUAAAAAAACCAGCAACGACAGUUCCUAAAGAUAAGGCUCCAACGAAACGUACGCCCGAGAAUCAACCUUCUCAUAAAUUCGUUCAGAACAAAGAUGUACCACAGGCCAAUGACUUUUCAUCCAAAAUAAAAAAAUCACCAGAGAAGAUACCGCUCGAAAAACACCCCGAAAAAUCAAAACCAAUAAAAGAUAAAGGUACAGUGAAAGAAUUUCCUUCUCAAAUUAGAAAAGUGCCCGAAGGUAGUAGUCCAGAUCAAAUAAAACCUAAAAAAGAAAUACCUACCAAAAAAGAAAUUUCCCAGCCGAAGAAAAAAUCAGAAACAACCAUCACUCCUGUGAUACCCUCGAAAAAACGUACACCUAAACAAAGAACAGAAUCCGAAUCUUCCUCUACUACAGAUGAAGAACAAACAGUUGAGGAAUUACUUACCGUUACUACGGUAUCAAAUUUGGAACAAAAAGUUCCUGUUGACGAACCACUAGCGACAAAGAAAUUCAUCAGUCAAUUAUGCAGAGAUGAUGAAAUUCAGAGAACUGAUUUAACCAAAAAAGAAUCACAAACUAUUCUUAACAAGAAAAUUAUUGAGAGUGGAAAUAAAAUACAAAACAAAACUGUAAAGAAAGAUUCCGUAAAAAAGACCGAUGAGUUGUUCAUUGAAAAUGAAAAAAGAGAUAUUAUUAAAAAUAAUACUUCACCAAAAAUAACAUCAACUAAGAAACCUUCAACCGAAAAAAAUACUACCACGAAUAAAAGAAUUAUCAACACGGUCAGUUCGAAAACUGAUAUCAAAUUAGUGAAAAAAUCUAUAGACGAAAAAGCAAGGGAUGUUAAGAAGACUACGGCCAAAAUCACUCUUUAUGAUAUUGAAAACGAAAAUAGAACAAAAGAAGACAAUCGUGUUCACAUCAGAACACACAGAAUUGACGACACAGUUAAUAAGAGGACUACUAAAACUGUUAUUAAUGGUGACACUCCUAAAAGAGAACCAACGAAGCGCCCUCAAUAUAUUAAACCGGAAGAACCAAGAACCAAAAAAACUAUUGAAAGGAGACCUCAGAAGGUGAUUUCUAGAACAGUAACUGAAACUGACACAAAACGUACAAGUACCACAACUGAACAGAAAAACCCGAAAAGACACGUAGUUACUACCACCAUCACAAUGAGCCCAACAAGUAAACUACACCCAUCUAAAUCUACAACACCCAGAACUCCAUUGAUUUCGAAACAAACAAAACCGUUAAAGAAAAAGCCGAAAGUACAAAACGGACACAUCUCCUCGGACGAAGAAUCCCUUGAUGACAGUUUAAAUGAAGAAGAAAUUACAACAGUUACGAGACAUGAAAAAAUUAUUCGCGGUACUUCCGAUCAAGUCAUUAAAAAGAAACCAGAUAGGAAAACUCCAGUUAGAAAGACACCUCAACCAGAACCCACUUUGCCAAAAACAAAGCAAGAAAAAUGUAUAACUACAAAAUCAAUUAUUAUAAACAACACAACAGCAGAUAGAGAGGUAAUUGUAGAUUUGCAAAGAUCUAAAUCUUCUCGUGAACCAACUCCUGACCGUAUUUGUCCGUUACCUGUAUCUUCUGACGAUGAAAGCGCUCCCAGGUAUCCUGAUCAAAUCGCAGAACCAGAUGAUUCCAGUCUUAAACGUAAACCCAAAAAGCUUUCAGAUUUACCCAUAUUAGAAAACGAAGAUGUUACGGAAUUCAGUAGAAUUACAGAAAUCGUCGACACAUCUGAAUCAAACCAAGUUUUUGAAACAGACAUCACUCUUACAAACAUCGACAAGAAAAUAAACAAAUUUUCAACUACAACCGAUAAAACUGCCAGACGUAAGCAAAGUCCCGCUCCUAAAGUGGAACGACCCAAAUUAGAAGUAACAAAAGAUUUAGAGUCAGACGAAUGUCUCUUGAGCGUUUCCGAAAAAGUAAAUAAGUUCAUAACAACUGCGGAACAGUUAACAGCCGCACAGGAUGUUCCUCAAAGGCCUAAAAGUCCCAAAUGUCAAUAUUACCCAGAAGACGACGUAAACGUAUCUAAUAAAGUUGCUCACUUCAUUACGACUGCUGAAAAAGUCAUUACAACACAAAAGGGACCAGCUCCUAAAGUAGAAAGACCUACUUUCGAUGAUGUAGAUGAAACGAUUAAAGAGGACGAAUGUUUGUUGAGCGUCUCUGAUAAAGUUUCGAAAUUUAUAAACACUGCAGAAAAAUUAACAACUGAUUCAAAGAAAACUAUAUCUUUAUCUAAAAUUGAUGUAAAGCCCACGGCACAAAAACCACAUGAAACCGAAGAACCUCAACGUAGGAGAUCUUCAAAAGAAACAACACCCACACGAAGGCCCAGUAACCAGUAUCCCUCUGCCACAACUGACAUAGAACACGGUAAAUAUCCUCGGAGAGAUAGUUCACCGAAAAUCCCUGAUUCUACGCCAAAAUCGACAAGAAGACCAAGUCAAGAAGAACCAAAAUCAGUACUAAGCCCUACGGGUCGGUUAAGAAGCACUGACAGUGUUAAGAGAGCUAAAGCUUUAUUUGAAAAUGUCGACAAAGAUCAAUCUAUUCUCAAACAACGAGAUAUAUUAAGUCGACCAUCAGUUUUCGAAGGAAGAAAAAUCAAAACUGAAACCUCCAGAAGAUUAGAUUAUGAACAUGAAGAUGACGAAAAGACUUUAAAAUCGACAAAAUUGCUUCUAGAAAAAGCACGACCAAGGCCUAAGUCCCCAGAAAAAAUUUACGAAAUAGAUAGUAGACGAUCAAUGACUCCCGAAGGGGAUCUUCCUGGUUAUAUGCGACCGUUAGAUAGAAGUUUGAGACCAAAUAGUCCACAUCGCGACAACAUCCAUCAGUUGAAUAAAAAGCAAACUAUAAAUAAAGAAGAAGAGAAUAAAGACGUCCGUCACACGAAAUUUGGAGUUACUUUGAAGAGAACUGACUCAGGAAGGCAAAUAGGCAGUACAACGACUACGAAGAGAGUUGUGAAUGUAGAAAUCACAGAAGAAGAGGUGGAAGAAAUUUACAAUUUAGAAUACUUAGAGGAACUGUUGGAAAAAGUUGUUGGUUAUGAUAUACGAAGGAAAAUUAGAACUCAAAUACGUGUAGUUAAGAAACUGAUUUCUGAGGGUAAAUUAGAUCAAGUAACUAAAACAAUUACGACGAGAGUAAAAAGUCCCGUAAGAAUUACUGAACAGUCAAGAGAGCGUACUGAAAGAACGUCCGAAUACCACUCUUCUGCAUACACUUACAACGAACGCAGAAGUUCUUCUGAGUAUACAAAAAUAUCAAGGAGAAGUCAAAGUCCCGAAACUAAAUUAGUUAAAUUAGUACGACGAAGCCAGAGUCCAGAUCUUAAACGUACCCACCCAAUCAGACAAAGUCCUGAAAGAAAAUCCACCACCGACAGAACGCCUGAUAAAUCUGAAACGAAAGUUACUAAAACAUUCCAAACACAACUAAAGAAAGUUACUCCAACUUCUAAGACGACAACUGAGGAUACCACACCAGAGUGGGUUAAGCAAAGAAAUUUAAGAAAAGUUACCGACAGUACAGUUACCACUACAAAAACAACUACCACAGCAACUUCUAAGAAAAGUAGAUCUAGUCCUGUUAAAGAAAUGAGACCGACAGAUAGUAUUACGUCAAGUUACGGAGUAGGGCCUACAGAUGAGAAUGGUAGUCCUUUGUUUGGGUUGAAAGCUUUAAGAGUUCCGACUAAAACUGACACAACUAAAGUUCAAGGAACGGUGAUAAGGAGCCAAUACUAUUCCGAAAACGGACAAGAGCCCAUUGGUGAGAUAAGCGUAACGAAAUAUUCGAGCGACCCCAGAGAUUUGGGACGAAACGAAAAUGUAAACACUAAAGGAGUUACAAGUGUAACUACAACACAGAAAUUUGGCUACAAAGAUACCCCUUCACUAAGCAGUUUAACAAGUUCUAAAAAGAAAAAAGAAAUUUGCGAAAAAAUAGAAGAUGAAGUUGAAACUAAGAGUUCUAAAUUUAGCAGACGAGGGUCAGUUAAAGCACUAUCGCAAAAAUUCAUUGAUAACGCUGUUGAGACCUCGAAGAAUGAAAGGCAGUCAUCCUAUCCUAAGGCAGGAUUGAUCUUGCGCACUUCUAGCUUCAAGGACUCUGCAAGUAGUGGUGAUAGUCGCGAAGGAUCUACAGAAAGAACUACAAAUGUUAAAACCUCCACAACCCGAACUGUUUCAGGAGAAACAUUCUUAACGAACCGCAGCAAAGUUACUGGAGUACAAGAUGUUAUAAGCCGAAUGAAAACAGAAGAUAUUCGCGAAGGUGAUAGCGCGGAAGAUGUAGAAGCAAGAGGCCUCCUCAACAAGUUCCUUGGUGCCCAAGUGAUUCUAUCGGGCAUCGAAUCGAAUGUUAAAGCAUCUACAACGACAUCGAACGCUAAACGAAGCACAAAAGUCACAACAACAAUCACAGAAGGAGGAAAGCAAGUCACGAAAAGCCGCGUCUUCCAGCACCCCAUCACCGACGAAGAUCUUCAUACAGUUUGGGACGAGCAAACACUGCGAUUAUUGCUAGAACAAAGUACUGACUACGAGGAACGCAAAAAAAUACGAGCUAGGCUACGCCAAGUAAUGGCAGAACAAGAAGAUAUUUCAGCGUGCACAGAAUUAGUUGAUAAGGCCAGUCAGGAUCAAAUUUCCGCCACGUUCGAGGAAGCCACUCACACCAAGAAAACUUUUACGGAGGGGCCUGUGACGUCACAUGUCACCACUAGGGUGGCGACAACACAGCAAGUACAGUCGAAAAAGCCCAUCUCUCCGUUUGCCAAAUUUCGACAACUGGACAAACAAAACAGCCUCAACUCCCCAAGUACCCCUAAGACCCCCUCCGGCAGUGGCCCCCUUUUUAAAUUCACUGACCCAGCAGUGAGCCAAAGUGCUAGUACCAUCAAAGAUAGACUGUUACAUUGGUGCAGAAUGAAGACUAAGGAGUAUGAGAACAUCCAACUAGACAACUUCUCCACCAGCUGGGCAGACGGAUUAGCUUUUUGUGCUCUCAUCCACCAUUUCCUUCCGGACGCGUUCGACUACCAUGCCCUAUCGCCCAAAAAUCGCAGACAUAAUUUCACGCUCGCCUUCCGAGUGGCCGAUGAGAAGGCGGACAUUGCACCGCUCCUUGACGUUGAUGACAUGGUAGCCACCCGAAAACCGGACUGGAAAUGUGUGUUUACUUACGUACAGUCCAUCUACAGACGCUUCAAGGAUGAAGAUUGAAGUUUGACAGAAAAAAAUGUUCCUUCUUUUUAGAUUUAGGCUCCUACUUCUUCAAUCAGUUCCUUGACUCGACUUUCUCGUAAAUUAUUGUUUGUACAUUUUAUUGUGCUUUAACUGUUACAAUAUGUAUGUUGUUCUGUGAUCAAAUUUAUUAUAUUAUGGCAUUUUGUUAUAGGUGAUACUGUAUGUCAUUAUAUUAGAUUUUACUGUUCUGUAUCAAGAUCUGCCCAGCGGUUUUUAUAAUAAUACUUUUUCUACUUUUUAUGCAAAUUUAACGAAUGUUUAAACGCUUAUUUAUUAACUUAUUUUGUAAGAAUAAUGUUAUUAAGGGUUGUUGCUUUUGCCAUGAGGUACCUAGAUAAUAACAGGUUUUAUAUACAAUAACAUUUUAAAGGACAACGUUGUUUCUUUUUAUAUUUAUGGACAAUAAUAAUAGCAUUGCCUACAUGCGUAAAAGACAAUAAUCUUGAAUUGUUAUGUAAGGUGAGCUCUGUGCCUUUAUAAGUCUUUAUAUAUUUUAUAAAACAGAUUUAUACAUGAAUUCAACUAAUAAAAAUAUAUAUUUAGCAGAA